AUGAGAAAAUGGGUGAGAAGUUCGGUUUUUGUGGGUGGUGCUGCAACGCUUCUAACUGUAAUAUCUUUGGAAGGCUGGAACCAGAAUGCAAGCAUACCAUUACAGUUACAGAGGCUGCAAAAGUGGGUAAUCUUCAAGUACAAAUCGUUCCAAGAGAGUAUUGCUCUUAUUUUGCGGCGAGAAAGUAAAGGUUUAUUUUGUGAUGGUUUUUCAAUCGAGAUUUGUCCUCAGAUCUUGGUAAGCAUGGUUCUUGGUGAUAGGGGUCUACCUACGUUUAUACAAAAUAAUACCGGACUCUACGAUGGAAGGAAGCUCUCAGACAAACAGCCAGUAUCUCUAGACGGGAUCUACAUGAUAUUUAAAGAAUCUAUUGAUGAAGCUUUCCCCUGCCUCAAAAGAAAAGAAUACAGGUUACUCAGACACUGCAAGAUCAUUAGAUAUUGUCUUAUGAAUGGGAAAAGAUGGAAAAUACUGUUAAUUGUUAGUUGUGAAGAGGGCCAUCACGACAUGAUUCGAACAACUGAACUGAACUGGUGUGCGGAUAUAAUAGCACAUAUGUUCCAUACUCCUAUUGAUGAACAGGAAACUACAGUAGGUGUUGGACAAUUCAUAAUCAGACUUUGA